AGCUUCGGAAAUGAAUGUAGUUUUGAUCCAAAGAAAAAGUAAAAGAAAAAUGCUUUUGGAGAUGAAAACUGAAGUUGGAUCCAACCAAAUUCCAAAUUCCAAUCUAUCAACCAACAGUUGGUCAGCCAAGACUCUCUCUCUCUCUCUAUCUCUCUCUCUACUAUCACUAUGCAUACAUACGCGCACAUAUGAGUUUCUCUCUCUAAGUAGCGCCUCUACUCGCCUCACUCCUCAGCAGUCAUGAUCGGCGGCGGGGGCGACAACUCAACGCAGCCGUCUCCGCCGUCAGCCAACGGCGGAGAGUUCCUCCUCCAGUUGCUGCGUAACCCCACACCUCAACCGCCACCACCGACGCAACCACCAGCGGCCCAAAUUCUCUCCCAUGACCCGGCCGUCGCUGCCGUGGGACCCACCCUCCCUUACCCGCCCUUCCCAUCCAACGGUCGCGAUAUUCGGCCUCCCUUCGCCCCUCACAACUACUUCCCACAGGGUUUUCUCCAAAACCCUAACCCUAACCCUAACCUAAACCCUAAUCACAGUUGGUCUGAGUUCAAUCGCAACCACCAGCAGAAUUUCCAAUUCAACCCCCAGUCCUUAGCCGACGACAUCAGACAAAAGAUAGGGUUUUUGGGUCCCACUCCAAGACCAGACUUAACCCAUCAACACGAACAAAACCUCAUGUUUGGCUCCUUGCCUUGCAAAAUCCAAAGCCAAGAGAGUGCAAAAGCUAGAGAAACAGUUGAAGGGAACAGGCCAUUGAAUUUCGAUUACAACAGGAAUUCUCCUAGUUUUAAUCAAAACCCCGGGGAAAACUCGCGUAAUUUUCAGAAUCGAGAGCGAGAGCGAAGGGACAGUGGCAGUGGGGGGUGGGGGAGGCAUCAGCAGAUUGGGCCCUCACAAGGAGUGAGGCGUCCCCCACCCGGGUUUCCCAGCAAACCAAGUAGUUAUGGGAAUUGGGAUUCGGGAAAUAGGAGUUUUGAGAAUAAUGUGGAUAAGAAGGGAAAGAGCGGGUUUGGUGAAGUGAGCCAUAGGGGGCCCAGGGGUGCUAUGUCAAACCACGAGGAUGAGAGGGAAAAAAGAUUAUUGCCCGAACAUGGAAGAAAUCACGGUGAUACUGGGGUACUGGUCGGACAUGGGAAGAACCGCGGUGAUACUAGGGUGUUCGAACGGAGAUUAAGCAGGCAGCUUGAUAGUCCUGGCCCACCAGGGGGGAGUAGUCUUCACUCAGUUUCGGCAUCUGACAUUGAAGAGUCUCUGGCAGUGUUGCAUUGUGAGGUUGGAGAAAAUGGAGUAAAACCUGGGUAUAGGUUGCGAGAUGACACGAGGAGGGACGGUGGUGGACCAGUUGGAAGUGUAUUAGAUGGUCGUUUGGAUGAAGAGUUUGGUUCUUUAGUAUUAGAGGAUGGGUCUGACGAGAAGAAUAACCGGAAGGGGCAUCGUAGUUUUCGUGAGAAGGAUCAUAGAUCAGAUACCAGAGGGAAAAGGCUGCUUAACCAGAAGGGGAGGAACUUCAAAAGCCGCACUGCAUGUCGUAAUGAUAUAAACAGGCUAAAUGCCCCUUUCCUUGCCAUUUAUGAGUCCUUAAUACCGCCAGAGGAAGAAAAGGGGAAGCAAAAACAGCUGAUGACAUUAUUGGAGAAGCUUGUUAGCAAAGAAUGGCCUGAAGCUCGUUUGUAUCUUUAUGGAUCAUGUGCCAACUCCUUUGGGGUUUCAAAAAGUGACGUUGAUGUUUGCAUGACUUUCGAGGAUCCAGAUGUUAACAAGCCUGAGGUUUUGUUGAAGCUGGCAGAAAUACUGGAGUCAGAUAAUCUUCAGAAUGUGCAGGCUCUGACACGUGCUCGGGUUCCGAUAGUGAAGCUUAUGGACCCAGCCACUGGAAUAUCUUGUGAUAUAUGCAUUAAUAAUGUUUUGGCUGUUGUAAAUACAAAGCUUCUGAGGGACUAUGCUAAAAUAGACGUGAGACUGCGGCAGUUGGUUUUCAUUGUGAAACACUGGGCAAAAUCAAGAGGAGUUAAUGAAACUUACCAAGGAACACUGUCUAGCUAUGCGUACGUCUUGAUGUGCAUUCAUUUCUUACAACAGCGUCAACCUGCUAUACUGCCAUGCUUACAGGGAAUGGAGAGAACGUAUGCUGUUACUGUUGACGAUAUUGAAUGUGCUUAUUUUGAUCAAGUUGACAAACUCUCUGGUUUUGGAUCACGUAAUGGCGAAAGUAUUUCUCAAUUGGUGUGGGCAUUUUUCAAUUACUGGGCUUAUUGUCACGACUACACGAACAAUGUUAUAUCUAUUCGAACUGGAAGCAUAAUCAGCAAGAGAGCUAAAGACUGGACUAGGAGGGUUGGAAACGACCGUCAUUUGAUAUGCAUAGAGGAUCCCUUUGAGACUUCUCACGAUCUGGGUCGAGUGGUGGACAGGAAUAGCAUUGGAGUCCUUAGGGAGGAAUUCGAAAGAGCUGCAGAAAUCAUGAUGAAUGAUCCCAAUCCUUGUGUAACACUCUUUGAGCCGUAUGUAUCUAUGUCUAGUUGACUUGCUCUUUGUUUCAGAACAAUGUGGUUUGUAUUUAUGUUGGGUAUUCGCAGUGUUGCUUUCCCAGCUAACGCUAUCAUCGUCAUUUGUUUUUGUUGCUUUCGUUUUUGGUACGUAGAAUCUUACGGAGUAUAUAUAGAGAUUUCAGUUUUGACUUGAUUUUGAGGUACGGGUUGUAAAGAAGUGUUUAUAAGUUAUUUCUUGAUGUAAUUCUAGUAAUAUUUUAUUUUUA